AGUUUCUCUUCGAAAAUGAAACUGUUCGUGUUCUUAGCCUUUGCGCUGGCCGCAGCCAACGCUGUGCCCACCGGCAUCAACAAACCUCUUAAGGUUAUGGACAUGCCAAAGACCCCCACCAUUGAUGGUCGCAUUACCAAUGGGUAUCCUGCCUAUGAGGGUAAGGUCCCCUACAUUGUUGGUCUUAGCUUCGACGGUGGCUGGUGGUGCGGUGGUUCAAUCAUUGGAAACACCUGGGUGCUGACUGCCGGACAUUGCAUUAAUGAUGGUUCCGGUGUGAGAAUCUACUACGGUGCCAGCUUCCGUCACGAGGCUCAAUACACUCACUGGGUCAGUGGAAACGAUCAAAUCCGUCAUCCCAACUACAACGAUCAGUUGAACAACGAUAUUGCCCUUAUCCGCACACCCCAUGUGGACUUCUGGAGCUUGGUGAACAAGGUUGAGCUGCCCAGCUACAACGAUCGCUACAACGACUACAAUGGAUGGUGGGCUGUUGCUUCCGGCUGGGGCGCCAUCUCAAAUGGCAGUGGUAUGCACAACUACCUCAACUGUGUCGAUGUCCAGAUCAUCAGCAACGACGAAUGCCGCAACGUUUUCGGCGGUGGCUAUGUUAUCGAUAACACCAUCUGCAUCAACACCUCUGGUGGCAAAGGCACUUGCAACGGUGACUCUGGUGGUCCAUUGGUUACACAUGACGGCAACCGCAUUGUUGGCAUCACAUCCUUCGGUCAUUGGGAUGGCUGCACUGCUGGUCAACCCGCCGGUUUCACUCGUGUCACUGGUUACUUGGAUUGGAUCCGUGAUAACACUGGUAUCUCCUACUAAAUUAUAUCUAAAUAAAAACUAAAAGCAUUUUAAAAACAAAA